AUGGCGACGUACAAGGUCAUUAUCUUCUUGGCGGCGUGCGUGUUAGCACAGGCUUUCCCCGAUGAACCAAUUUACAGGACAAACAACACAAUAUUUCUUGACGAGAGACUAGAAGGGGAAAUCUUUGAGGAUAUUGAGGCUUUUGAAAAUAUUGAUAGAAGUAUUGCCGCUAGUACAUACAGACUGCCCACAACCACCAGACCUCUUCAUUACAACGUGCUUUGGGCUAUUGAUAUCUCCAGGCUAACCUUCUCUGGCACCGUUGAAAUCCAGCUGUACGCCACUCGGGCUAACGUAAGCGAGAUAGUUAUUCAUGCCGACGACCUGGAAAUCACAUCCGUGAUUCUCAGACAAGGAACCGUCACGACACCCUCCACUUACACCCUCCAGAAAGAGUUACAGUUCCUGAGACUGCGCCUUAAUACGGGCACUCUGGUCUUCAAUGCUGCCUCUCCUGUGAUUUACACACUGACCAUUGAUUUCGCUGCUCCCUUACGUACCGACAUGUAUGGUAUUUACCGGACCUGGUUCCGGAAUAGCGCUAAUGACGUCACAAGAUGGAUGGCCUCUACACAGUUCCAAGCGACAUCCGCUCGUUACGCUUUCCCUUGUUACGACGAGCCCAGUUUUAAAGCAACUUUUGAUAUUACGAUCAGACGUCCGACCACCCACAGAAGUUGGUCGUGCACAAACAUCAGAGAAACACGAGUUUCAACCGUAACGGGCUAUCAAGAUGACAUUUACAACAGAACUCCAUUAAUGUCUACGUAUUUGAUUGCUCUUAUUGUUGCUGAAUACGAAUCUUUAGAGCAGCGUCAAAACGGUGUCUUGAGGUAUGAAGUAAUCGCAAGGCCCGGAGCCCUAUCUGCCGGCCAAGGGCAGUAUGCUUUCGAUGUGGGCAUGGAGCUGUUGGCGACAAUGAGCAGACAUACCGCUAUGGACUUUUACAGCAUCCACCCUAAUUUAAAGAUGACGCAGGCUUCAAUUCCCGAUUUUUCAGCUGGUGCUAUGGAAAAUUGGGGUCUGCUUACUUACAGAGAAGCAUACUUAAUGUACGAUGAGAACCAUACCAAUGGCUACUUCAAACAGUUGAUCGCUUACAUCCUUUCUCACGAGAUCGCCCAUAUGUGGUAUGGAAACCUCGUUACUUGCGACUGGUGGGAUGUUUUAUGGCUGAACGAAGGUUUUGCUCGCUACUACCAAUACUUCCUCACUGACUGGGUUGAAGAUUACAUGGGUCUUGGAACUCGAUUCAUUGUAGAGCAAAUUCACACGUCCCUUUUGUCUGACUCGGCCAACAGCCCUCAGCCUUUGACCAACCCAGGUGUUGGCAGCCCCGCAUCAGUGAGUGCCAUGUUCUCGACCAUUUCAUACAACAAGGGUGCAGCUGUGAUUAGAAUGACUGAGCAUUUCCUAGGCUUCGAAGUACAUAGACAAGGCUUGAACAACUAUCUGAUUGAGAGAUCUUUUGACACUGCUUUACCUAUCCAUCUCUUCCAAACCCUUGAAGUCAGCGCUAGAGCAGCUGGAGCUUUAUCAGCAUACGGACCAGAUUUUUCUUUUGUUGACUAUUACAAGAGUUGGACUGAACAAAGCGGUCACCCAGUACUUAACGUUCAAGUUAACCACCAGACUGGGGAUAUGACUAUCUACCAGCGUCGUUUCAACAUCAACACUGGUUACUCGAAUGUCAACACCAACUACAUCGUGCCUAUCACUUUUGCCACUGCCCGCAACCCUAACUUCGCCAACACAAAGCCUACUCAUGUCCUCACCAAAGCUGUUACUGUUAUCAACAGAGGAUCUGUUGGAGAUGAAUGGGUUAUUUUCAAUAAACAGCAGACUGGUUUCUACAGAGUCAACUAUGAUGACUACACUUGGAAUCUCAUUGUUAUUGCUCUACGCGGUCCUCAAAGAACUCAAAUUCACGAAUACAAUAGAGCUCAGAUCGUUAACGACGUCUUUCAAUUCGCUCGCUCUGGACUCAUGACCUACAACAGAGCCUUCAACAUUCUUUCUUUCCUUGAGAAUGAAACUGAAUACGCUCCGUGGGUCGCAGCCAUUACUGGAUUCAACUGGAUCAGGAAUCGUCUUGUGGGAACCGCCCACCUCACCACUUUGAAUAAUCUGAUCGCCCGUUGGUCUUCGAAUCUGAUGAACCAGCUCACCUACUCUCCAAUUCCCAACGAGUCCUUCAUGAGGUCUUACCUCAGAUAUCAGCUGGCUCCUCUACUUUGUAACAUCAACGUGGCAGCCUGUCGUACUGCAGCUACUACUCAGUUCCAAGCUCUUCGUGUUAACGGACAAGAAGUACCAGUGGACAACCGCAACUGGGUUUACUGCAACGCUCUUCGUGACGGCACUGAAGCGGACUUCAACUUUUUGUACCAGAGAUUCCAAAGCCACAAUGUAUACACUGAAAAGAUUCAAAUCCUCUGGGUCCUUGGCUGCACUCCUCAUGCUAACUCAUUGAACACUCUUCUCAACGCCAUCGUCCAGGAUAACUUCAUCAUCCGUCCUCAAGACUACACUAAUGCCUUCAACAACGCUGUCUCUGGAAACGAAGGCAACACCCAGAUAGCUUUCCGGUUCAUCCAGAACAAUUUGGCUGCCGUCACAGCUGCGUUCCAAAGUGUCGCAACUCCACUAUCAUACGUCUCAUCCAGAUUAAGAACGGAAGCUGAAAUUGUUUCAUUCCAAAAUUGGGCGACUCAGAACCAGGUAGCGUUGGGUGAUGCUUACCAAGCUGUGUUCCGCGGAGCCGAGACUUCCCGUGAAAGCAUUGCCUGGGCUUCCUUAGUUCAAAACGAUAUGAACAGCUACUUCGUCACCGGAGACACGGUCUAUGAAGCUUCUACUGCUGCAAACGUGGUCGUAUCACCACCCACCACAGUAACUCCACCCAACCUGGUGGAGCCUGUGACUCCAAGCCUUCCAGUGCCUGAUGCAGCACCAGUCUCUACUUUCUUAUCUGUAGCUGUUGUGGCUUUAGCCGCUGUGGUUAACUUGAUUAUGUAGUUUCAUAGUUAUUUAAUUUGUGAUUUUUGUAGCGAAAAUUAUGAUAAGGUUGUUGUGCAAUUUUUGAUGCUCGUGUGAGUUCAUAUUGGUCUCCAAUAGACCGGGUAUUUCAUUUUGGAGACAAUGUCAUUUUGAAUAAUAAAAGUUAUAAAUUUCGCUAUAAAAAUUGAAAACUAUUUGUUUUAA